AUUUGAUUUUCAGAAAAAGGUUUUUUAAAAUCUUAAAGAACUUAAAUAAAUGUUUUACACGAUUUUAGUGACCAAAUGAUACAAAAUAUUAAAAACAUUUUGAUUCAAAGACUAUAACAGCUUGCAGUUUUUUUUCGAAAAUCAUAACAAAGUACUAAAAAAAGCGGAAGAGAAAAUAAAAUGACGGGUUAUUCACAUUUCCCGCAACAUAAAAAAUGGUUAAAAAAAAGAAAAUACACGGCUAUUGCAUUUGCAAUUCAAAGUUUGAUUUUAGGCAUAGAAUACAGUGUAACACUUUCAACUCUUUGGUUAUAUAUAAAAGAACUAGUAGACACCGAAUCACCAAAAUUAUUUUACACAUUAGUAUCUGUUAUGUACAUACUGUCAUUCUUCUUAAGUACUCCGAUUAUUGGAAGAAUAGUCGAUCGCACUCGUCAGUGAUUGGCAGAUUUUUAUCAGGUUGCUGUGAUUUGAGUUCUGUUAUUUGUGCCGAGAUCAUUAGAAGUUAUCCAUCUAGUGAAACAAUUUUUCAGUUAUCAAUACAAUCAUUAGCUUUUAACUCUGGAUUUAUAAUAGGACCUUGUAUUAACAUUUUCUUUUUAAAAAUCGAUUUUUAUAUUGGAUAUUGGCAUUUAAAAAACUUCAAUUUUAUUGGAAUAUUUAUGACCAUAGUUUGUUUAAUAAUGAGUUUUCUUUCGUUUUUAAUGGUUCACAAUUUAUCGAAUGCAUUUGAUUUAAAAGGACUUGAAGAAAAAAAAGCUAAAAGCUUUGAUAUUACUAAUAUCAAAUUAUUAGAAGAGUCAAUAUUAUCCUUAAACAAUUCUGAUGUGAUCUUCGAUUUAAACAAAGAAUCUAUUGAAAUGUUACCGCUACUCAAUUCUACAAAACUUCAGAUUAGUAAUGAAACAGCUGGCUCAUUACCUCAUUUAAACAUUUUUAAGAUUUUUAAAUUGCUUUUUUUGCUAAGAUUUUUAAAUUGCUUUUUUUGCUUGCAUCAUUUGAUACGCCGUUGUUAUUGUUUAGUACGUUUUUUAUUCUACUUUUUCUCGUUACUUUUGACAUUGGAUUCCGUUGUUUGUUAUAGACACUUUAAAAUUGUCUCUUUUAGAACUUAACAUUUGUAUUUUUGGUACAGGAGUAAGUUCUGUUUUAAUUCUAUUCUUUUAUAUAGUUAAACCUAUAUCCGUAGAAAAAAUGUUUAUUGUGGUCUUGAUUGGACUAUUUGGUACUUGCAUAAUUAACGUGAGUUAUAUUGUUUUGAAAUACUUUAAUUCUAAACCACUUCAACUAAUUUUUGGCAUCGCAUUCAUGAUUAAUUUUGCUGGGGCAGGUAUAAUACCAGAGAUUUUUAUUGCAAACACGUUAGCUAGAUAUGUUAGUUCAAAUAAUCAAGCUUUUGUGGAUGGCAUACGCAAUUCAAUGUUUGCGGCAGGAACUCUAAUAGCGUUUUCGAGCGCUGCGUUUACAUUUGAAUACUUAAGUAUAAUUUCAUUUACAUUUAUUGUAUUAACAUUACUUUUAAUGGUUUUGUGAAUCGCAAGAAGAACCCAUUUACUUAAUCCAAAACCAAUAUUUUAGCAUUUGUUACUUUUUU